ACAAAAAUAAGAAAACAAAUAAGAUUGGCUUUGAUGAAUUUAAAAAUAUGUUUUCUACACAAUUGAAUGAAAAGAAAUUGUAUGAGAUGUUCACCAAAUAUGCAUUAAACGGAAAUAAUAUGGGUAUAAACGAAUUGAAUAAUUUACUGGAUGCCAAUAUAGGGGAUAUGACAAGAGAUGAUUAUACUAAAAUAUUUCAGGCUUUUGAUAGUAAUAAUGAUGGACAAAUUUCUGUUGAAGAUCUUCAUACUAUAAUAAAUAAAAUUGAUCCUAAUUACAUGAAUAAUACUAAACCGUCUUUAGAUAAAUAUUAUAAAGACAAAAAUAGACUUAUUUCUCUUGAAGAAUUCGUGCAAGUGAUGAAUGAUUUAAAAAAAUGAAAACAUUAAGAAAAUAUUUUAUCAUCUUAUGUGAUAUUUUUUUUAUGUUAUACAAUACUAAUUAAAAUAAAAUAAAAAUAAUAACGAGAGUUUAAUAUCAA